GCAGCUGCCCGGUAGGAAGGACCUGUUCAUCGAGCCCGACCUGAUGAGCCCCCUGGACCGCAUCGCCAACGUCUCCGUCCUGAAGCAGCACGAGGUGGACAAGCUGUACAGGGUGGAGAACCGGCCGGCCCCCAGCGCCAGCGACCAGCUCUGCUUCCUCGUGCGGCCGCGGGUCAGGACGAUGCGGUACAUUGCAGACAUUGUCAAUGCUGACAAGAUGUCAGGGAGGAGCCGGAAAUACAAGAUCAUCUUCAGCCCCCAGAAGUUCUAUGCCUGUGAGAUGGUGUUGGAGGAAGAGGGAGUCUUUGGCGAUGUCACCUGUGAUGAGUGGUCCUUCUACUUGCUUCCCCUGGAUGAAGAUAUCAUCAGUAUGGAGCUGCCUGAGUUCUUCCGGGACUAUUUCUUGGAGGGAGAUCACCGCUGGAUCAACUCAGUUGCUCGAGCCUUGCAGCUGCUGAACUCCCUGUAUGGGCCAUUCAGCAGGGCCUAUGGGAUUGGGAGGUGUGCCAAGAUGAGCUAUGAGCUGUGGCGAGACCUGGAGGAGGAGAGCGAGAGUGAUGGGCAGGGUAGAAAGCCAGAGAUCGGGAACAUCUUCCUUAUGGACAGAGACACAGACUACGUCACAGCGCUGUGCUCGCAGGUGGUGUACGAGGGGCUGGUGGAUGACACCUUCCGUAUCAAGUGUGGGAGUGUGGAUUUUGGGCCAGAAGUCACCUCUUCUGACAAGAGCAUUAAGGUGCUGCUCAAUGCCCAGGACAAAAUCUUCAGCCAGAUUCGGAACGAACACUUCUCCAGUGUGUUUGGCUUCCUGAGCCAGAAGUCCCGCAACCUGCAGGCGCAGUACGAUCGCCGCCAGGGCAUGGACAUCAAGCAGAUGAAGAACUUUGUCUCCCAGGAACUGAAGGGACUAAAACAAGAGCAUCGCCUGUUGAGUCUGCAUAUAGGUGCCUGUGAGUCCAUCAUGAAAAAGAAAACCAAGCAGGACUUCCAGGAGAUGAUCAAGGUUGAACACGCUCUACUGGAGGGUUUUGACAUCCGGGAGAGCACCAGCUUCAUCGAGGAGCACAUUGACCGCCAGGUGUCCCCUAUUGAGAGCUUGCGCCUGAUGUGCCUGCUGUCCAUCACGGAGAACGGUCUCAUCCCCAAAGACUACCGUUCCCUCAAGACCCAGUACCUGCAGAGCUACGGGCCUGAACACUUGCUGACCUUCCAUAACCUCAAGCGCAUCGGAUUGCUGACUGAGCAGACAGCUGGGGAGACCCUGACAGCAGUGGAGAGCAGAGUCAGCAAGCUGGUGACGGACCGAGCGGCAGGAAAAAUCACAGAUGCAUUUAAUUCCUUGGCAAAGAAGAGCAACUUUCGAGCCAUAAGCAAGAAGCUGAGCUUGAUCCCGCGGGUGGACGGCGAGUACAACCUGAAGAUGCCUCGGGACAUGGCGUACGUUUUCAGCGGGGCCUACACUCCCCUGAGCUGCAAGAUCAUCGAGCAGGUGAGCCCCCCAGCGCCCUCCGAGCGGAGCACCGCCGCGCUGCUGCACGACACGGUGGAGGACACGGACACGACGCCGCCCGAGAUCGAGGAGCGCUUCGGGCCCGAGGUGCGGCGCGUGGUGGAGGAGCUGACGGACGACAAAACGCUGCCGAAGGCGGAGCGGAAGCGGCUGCAGGUGGAGCGGGCGGCGGGCAGCAGCCCGCGGGCCAAGCUGGCGAAGCGGCCCCGGGGUGCCUGGGGUGUCCGGGCCUGCAGCCCUCGGCUGGGAUCCUGCGGGCGGGUCGGAGCCCCGGGAGGAACGGGAACGGCCCCAGCGUGUGCGUCCUCCUAA